AUGCCUGAAGACCUGCAACAAAAGCCUAUACAGAGAUGGGUGCCACUGGAAGCGAACCCCGAAAUUAUUCAUGAACUUGGUGUAGAUAGUCGAUACAACUAUGUAGAUGUUUUGGAAGCCUAUGAGAAAUUUAGCGCAGAAGAAGAAGCACAUUUAGCUCGUCAUGAGCAGAAUAUCAGUCCGGACGUGGUUUUCUUCAAGCAAACCAUAGGCAACGCGUGUGGUAUGAUUGCAUUAUUGCAUUCGCUUGCGAACAACGAUGAUGAAAUCAUUGGCCCUGGAUUGUUCAACGAUAUUAUUGAAAAGGCAAAAGACAUGUCUGUUGAGGAGCGUGUUGAACUUUUGGAAAAUUGCGAGAAGCUUGCUCAAGUUCAUGAAACAGCAGCGGGUGAAGGGCAAACUGAGGCACCCGAUAAAAACGAUUCCAUUAAUCUUCAUUUUGUAUGCUUUGUUGAAGUUGAUCAGCAUCUUUAUGAGUUGGAUGGUAGGAAACUGUUCCCCAUUAACCACGGUAAAUGCACAAACUUGGUGGAGGGCGCCGCCAAGGUUAUGAAGCAAUUUAUGGCUCGAGAGCCUGAUGAAAAUAACUUUAGUGCCAUCGCAUUUUGUAAAACGGCUGAAUAA